AUGGCUGAGGCACUCGUCAACCUCCUUGUUGAACAAUUGGGUUCAGUUGUUUACCACCACACAAGUGAAGGGGUGAAAUUGGUUUUGAAAGCUAAGAAGGACGUUGACAAGUUCAGACGCACCCUCAAACGUAUCCAGAAUGUGCUUCACGAUGCUGAGAAGAAGCAAGUGUCAGAUCCCGCGGUGAGAGACUGGUUGGAUGAGCUCAAAGAUGUGUCGUACAAGAUGGAUGACAUGCUGGACGCUUGGAACACUGAAAUUGGGAUACGAGAAGCUGAGAAACAAGAAACACAAGGUUCUGAUGCGGAGGUACGUUUCUCAUUUCGUUCCAAUUGCUUUUGUCUUGCCGGAUUGAAUGAGGUAACUUGUCGUUAUAAGAUUGGUAGUGCAAUAAAAGAUCUGAAUAAAGAGUUAACUCAGAUUGACGUUGACAAAAACAAGUUUAGCUUUCAAUCCACCAUGCCUGCUGCUCUAGUUACUGUUGAACAACCUAAUCCACGGCCUAUAACUUCAUCUUUCGUCGGUAUACCGACCAUAUAUGGACGAGAAGUUGAAAAAGAGAUGCUAGCCGGUGAAUGA